AUGGAUUUUGACCAUUAUAUUAAAGACUUUGCAUAUGACUUUGAUCAAACGGAAUGGAGCGUUCUAAAUUGUCUUAAAUAUCUUGAGACACAUUUACAAUAUAUUUCCGAUAGCAAGAAAGAUAUUAACGAUGCAUUUGCGAGAACGUUUGAAAAAUUAAUGCAGGAAGAACGGGCUCCUUCGAUAAGAAUGGCCGAAACUACAUCGGAACAAAAUCGUAAUUCCCAGGCAGAAGCAGAUAUCGUCAAUUCUCCGAAAAUUGAGGACGAUCGUACAAAUAUUAAUAGCAACCAAUCUAAUGAUCAAAUAAAUUAUGCAGAAGUGGAUAAAAUUAUCGUAAACAAGAUAGCUUGCUUGAUCUUUGAUUCAGAAUUUACUCUUGAAGAGAUCUGGAAAAAAGUUAUGGAAUGUUUGAAAAAAAAUAAUCUGAGAGUGCAAUCAAUCGAAUCCAGAAUUGUCGAUCUUUCUAACUGGAGCAAAGUCAAAUGGAGUAGAAUCCUUAAAUUACCGGAUUAUGCACAAUUAUUUGACAGGUCUAAAAAGAAACUCCAUAGAGAUAAAAUCGAUAAGGAUGUACAUGAAUUGCUAUGUGGUGAAAUUGGUCAAAUACGAUCUUUAAAUAAUUUGGAAUCAUGGAUAGCUAAGUUUUCUGAUUUAAAAUCUAUAGAUGCAAAAAUAUCGGUUAUAAUAAUGAAAUUUUUGGAAGUCAAUGUUCUCAUCAUGCAACAAAGAGAACGAGACUUUGUUGUUAAGAUUCUUGGCCCAGAUGUGCACGAAGAAUACGUUGAGCUUACCUCUGACAUGAAAAAAAUAGAUUUAAUCAUCUCAUUGCGAAGUCAUAAAGCCGAAAUCCUAGCACUUGAAGUAGGAAAUACCUCAGGAUCAAUUGAUGACACAAAGUACCGAAAAGACCAUUCAAAACUAAAGGUAAUUAUGAAGGAUUGCUUAGGUUCGCUGUGGAGAAAAUUACAUUUCAAGAAGAUGGAUCUAGAAGAGGUCUUCCCUCUUGGGAUCCAAGUUACUGAUGGCAACGCUUAUACUUCCUACAACAUUCUCAGAUAUAGAAGGCCUUCUCCAGAAUCUUUUGGCAUUACGG